GGGAGAGAGAGAUGGAGGGAGGAAGGGAGGGAGGGAGAGAUGGAGGGAGGGAGGGAGAGAGGGAGAGAAAAAGGUGGGGCUGGAUCCUCCCUGAACGUUCUCUAACACCUCCCUCCAUCUCUCUCUCCUUCUCAGACAGACUGUUCUGUCGAUCUGCAGUUUGUAUGGAUCAGUGGUAACCACCACACACACACACACACACACAAGUCUCCUCAGCUUCAACCUGUGAUGAACAGUGUGUGUUUGUAUCAUUGAUAUGUUGUCGUCAACAGGCAGUGCAGAGGAGACAAUAGGAAGUGCUCUAAGAGAUGGGGUCAGAGGUUUGGUGUUUUACAGCUGUGGUUGUAACCCCUGGUCAGGCUUCUGUUUACCCUUCAGACAUAUAUACUGAUACCUGCAUUUAAUGCUUUACGAUGACUGUUUUCUCUGACGGCCUGUCAGAAUCAACCCCUGUUCUGGUUAUGUGUUGGACCGGGUGUGUGUGUCUCUCUCUGAUGGAGUCUGAGUGAGGGGGAUGUUGAGUGGAGAGAGACUGUAUUUAAACGACUGAAUGAACGAACCCAGAGGCCCACCCGAAAAGAAGGGAAGUAGAGAAGGGUGCAGAAAACAACAUCACCACAGAGGACAACAUGUCCAGAGGACAACAUGUCCAGAGGAGCUGCACCACAGAGGACAACAUGUCCAGAGGAGCUGCACCACAGGGGACAACAUGUCCAGGGGACAACAUGUCCAGAGGAGCUGCACCACAGGGGACAACAUGUCCAGAGGACAACAUGUCCAGCGGAGCUGCACCACAGGGGACAACAUGUCCAGAGGACAACAUGUCCAUAGGAGCUGCACCACAGGGGACAACAUGUCCAGAGGACAACAUGUCCAUAGGAGCUGCACCACAGGGGACAACAUGUCCAGAGGACAACAUGUCCAGAGGAGCUGCACCACAGGGGAUAACAUGUCCAGAGGACAACAUGUCCAUAGGAGCUGCACCACAGGGGACAACAUGUCCAGGGGAGCUGCACCACAGGGGACAACAUGUCCAGGGGAGCUGCACCACAGGGGACAACAUGUCCAGGGGACAACAUGUCCAGGGGAGCCGCACCACAGGGGACAACAUGUCCAGGGAGCUGCACCACAGGGGACAACAUGUCCAGGGAGCUGCACCACAGGGGACAACAUGUCCAAGGGACAACAUGUCCAGGGGAGCUGCACCACAGGGGACAACAUGUCCAGGGGAGCUGCACCACAGGGGACAACAUGUCCAGGGGACAACAUGCCCAGAGGAGCUGCACCACAGGGGACAACAUGUCCAGAGGAGCUGCACCACAGGGGACAACAUGUCCAGGGGACAACAUGUCCAGAGGAGAUGCUUUCUGACACACAUUUUGUGUAUUCCUACUUUAAGACUGUAGCUUUUAUUAUUGAAACCAGGAAGUUUACGUUGUUUCAAUCACAAUUUUUUGUUGGUGUGAUUUUGAUUCCGCGUCCUACCCACUAAGCAAUUAAUGGUAUACCACAUCCCUACCGAGCCCCUAAAGUUACUGAGGAGGAAGAGGUAGAUGUGGGAAAGGGUCUGACUUGUCUCACUUGUGACCUUUCAGUUUGACCCUUGAACUUUGACAUAUGAUGUUGUGUAGAUUUGGAAAGCACUUCAGGCUGAUAAAUUAGGUCCUAACAUUUCACACAGCGAUUGGCUUGCACAUUUCAAACCUGCCACAAUGAUAGUUUAUUUUACGGUGAUAUGCCCUAUCGUAUAGAAGAUUGAACAACCUGUGAGGAUAUACCUGACCAAUAUCCAUAACCAGCCCCUUCAAGCCUUCCUAAACCCAACCUAGGGAGACAUCAUAGCACUUUAUUUCCUUUGAUUGGUUUUAUUCUCUUGUUUGUAUUUCUGUUGUUUUUCAGUGUUGCUGUCUCAUUCUGGCUGCACCUUCCUAACCUCUGACACCUAACCUCUGACACCUAACCUCUUGACACCUAACAUCUGACCCAUAUCCUCUGACCCCUAACCUCUGACCCCUAACAUCUGACCCAUAUCCUCUGACACCUAAACUCUUGACACCUAACCUCUGACCCCUAACCUUUGACCCAGCAUCGUGUUCUACAGAAGCCAGGGAACCAUUUGGUCUUGGAGGGUGAGGUGCUCCUUUUAGAAUGGUGUUAUAAAUGUUAAAAUAUAUUUAUGCAUAUAUUUGAUUUGAAUUAUGAAACAUUUCUAAGGAAUAUUGAAUGAUUGUAGAGAGAAUGUGUAUUUGUUAGUUUUAGGUGGUGUAUGAGCUUUGAGAGUGAUUAUACUGUGAGAGGAGGAAGGAUACGAUCCUAUCUUUGCUUGGCUAGUUUGGUCUGCUCUAAACCACGCCCUCUCCUUGAUCUCUCUUACAUCUUCAGAACGUUUAUCAAACUGGUUUUGAAGUUUAUGGUUAACAUCAAUGUCCUCCAUCUUGUCAGAAAGCUGUUGUCACCCACAGAUCAAGCCAACACUUUUUAUUCCAAUACGUGUGUUGUUAUGGUUAAUCUCUCUGGUCAAAUAUAACUCUGUAAUCUUCCUCUAUACAACAGUCCUGUGUCCCUGUACUUUUAGUUUAUUUUAGCUUUUUUUUUAUAUAUAUAUAUAUCUAUUUGAUUUUUGUUUUGAUUUGGAGAUGUUUCCGAGCUGCUAAAUCAGUGUAGUUGAACAACAGGCCUUCUCUCUUCUGAAUGUUGCCAUGGUGACAACAUUGAGAACAGGUGCAAAAUUAUUUCCGCAUAUUAUUAUUGGCUGUAAAAAAAAAAAUUAAAAAGUUUGUAUUUAUUGUGUACAAAUGUUAAAUAAUAAAACGGAUUGGAAAAAUA